GGAGAGCCCGGUGACCAUGAUGAGCCGAAGUCCGCCCGGAUCCGGACUUCUUCUGAAAGGGCUCCACAGGCAAGGAUAAUUGUGCCGUCAGGAGGGGCUACACACAUGGGGGCAGAAGAGCGGGCUGUGGGAUUCGACAUGGUUUUGGGAGAAUUUUGUGAAUGGCAUGGGAGGGACGGAGGGGAAGAAGGGGAAGAAGGGGAAGAAGGGGAGGAAGGAGAGGAAGGGGGUGAAAAAGGGGAUAUCGAUAUUGAAGCCAACGAACGGCUGGGCAAUGAGGAGGAUGCCGACUACGAGGAGUCGUCUGACUCGUUCGGGCACCUUUAUGCGGGCAGCCUGGGGCCUGAUGUCAACGACGAUGCGACGACAAUGGAGAUGGAGACGCAAAUCGUUGACGGCUGCAAUCGAUCUCCAACACUGUUGUGGGUUAUGUGGUUCUUUUACAUUGUGAUUUUCGUCGGACUCGGGUUGGGUAACAUGUAUUCAUUCUCCGUUUUGUCUUUCUUUUGUUGUACAGGGCUAGGGUCAUCUCGAGCACGGAGGUCCUCGAAAUAUCCGGAACACAUAUUCCAAAAAGCCCCCGGGUUGACUACAAAACACAAGGAUAUGUUAAAAACAUCAGGGGUUGAUGUCGAGAUCGGGAAGAAAGAGCAUGCAAUUGCCAUUGAGGAGUGUCUUUCCCUUCUGCCCCCAGAGAAAGGGACAUAUCCGCGAUCUGUAAGUAGAGGUCAGACUAUGUAUGAACAAUACUUAGCAAAGCAUCGUGCAAUGAAGGACAAUGCUUAGACACUCCGUUUCUCACUACCCCACGUGUCCUUUGCUCGAUGUUGUGCAAUGUGGGCCACAACACGUGGAACAAGCGGGGAAAGAUUCGUUGCAGCAACUUGGCCUAUCAGGUUGCGGGUUUUUGACGACAUUGGACGAGGCUUGGUGCCGCCUCACACUGUUCUCUCUAUCCUCGUCGACGGCCAGUUGCGAAUUGCGACAAAAGAUCUUCUCACCAAAAUGCAUGUCGACGGAAGAGUGAAUGAUGAAGUGGUCAAUUUUUACAUGGCGUUGUUGGGGUCGACCGCAUCUGCGAUAAAUGACAUACCGUCGA